AUGGGGAGUCGACAGGCUAAGGGUCUAGAGGAAGUAGAAUCAGUUGUAAAACUCGACUGGUUGCUGGUAUACAACAUUCAAGCUACACAUCCGUUAAAGUGGUUGUUAAAAGCACAUUCAUAUUCCUUGUCACAUUUUGACAUCACUGGGGGAUUAGAUAAGCUGAAGGGUGUUAAAAGAAGCUAUUGGUAUUGCCUAUUUGAAAAGUGCGCUGGCACGAUUCUCUCCCCCAACUUCCCCGACUCCUACCCUAACGAUGCCAUCUGUAACUGGACAAUCACCGUGGCUGAAGGACAGGUUGUUGCCUUCAGAUUUAAACGGCUGGACCUAGAGAGGAUCUCUGAACAGAGUUGUACAGACUACGUCGAGAUUUAUGACGGUCCAAGUCCACAGUCUCCCAUCAUCCUAAGAAAGCUCUGCGGCUACCAAGACGAGUCAAAAGUUCCAAACACGGUCAUCAGGUCGACAAAACACCAGAUGCACGUGAGAUUUCAGUCUGAUUCGACAGGUGCACGGCCCGGGUUUAUUGGCUCCUACUGGGCUCAUGAGUGUCCACCUUUCAACUAUGGACUAGAGAGCUGCAACACCUCCUGUAUCUGUAACCAAAACAACUCUCUCUACUGUGUCAACUACAACGGUACCUGUGUCUGUAAGACCGGCUGGACAUCUGCAGACUGUUCUGUGGACAUCAACGAAUGCGAUGACCCAAACACGUGCAGUGACCUGUACUCUGUUUGUGUCAACACACCUGGCAGCUACAGGUGUGACUGUAAACCUGGGCUAACUCUAAAUAGCACUGGACAAUGUUUGGACACCAAAGAAUGUACACAGACGAAUUGUUCACAUGCUUGUGGCGUCACAUCAACCAGCCCCAGAGCAGAAGUCUGUUAUUGUCCUAAAGGCAUGAUGCUGAAUCCUACAGAUACCUUUACUUGUGUUGAAUGUAACGACUGGACAUAUGGGGAAAACUGUGAUUUUUCAUGCAAGUGUCUUCAGUCCAAAACACGAUCAUGUGACAAGACCAAUGGCUUGUGUACCUGCUAUUCUAACUGGACGUCCACCUUGUGUGAUCAAGAUGUAAAUGAAUGCAGUUUGGGGGCUCCUCCUUGCACGUCUGUAAAUAAUGUAGUUUGUAGUAACUCUCACGGGUCUUUUGAAUGUCGCUGUAUGGCCGGCCAUGACAGAGUUAACCAGACAACAUGCGAAGGUAUGGAAUAUUUCUUGUUGACACAUAGAGCAUAG